CAACAUCAGCACCGAACCGAACUCACUCACACGGACAUGGGGAGCACAUGUUAUCAGCAGUUUUAUGUUAUUUGUUGUUUACUUUGGUGUAUCAGCAGCUUUUACUUUGCUGUUGAAAGCUAUCCAAGUCCACUGACAGAUUGUGACGAUUAUGGUGAUUAUAUACAGGGCUCUGCUUUAUUAAGUACUUUGUGUGGUAUGGAGUGGAGGAACCAGGAGCAGGAGCAGAUUCAGAAUGUUUUCAAAAGGUUUCUGUUUCAUUAUUCUAAAGCACACAACUCAGUGGGCUCAGUUGAGAGAGAGUCUCACUCGGUUCAUCCGUUGAUGCGUCUCUCCCCGAAACUCUCUCUGCGGCGAAAGAAACAGCAGCAGAAGUUGAAGAAUGUUUGUGACACCUCUGGAAGGCUCACUCGAGAUGUGCUGUGUUCAUAUCCGGGAUGCUCUGUGACAUCGUAACUCCUGAAGAAGAUCCUGUGGUAAACUACAAAGAAAAAAGUCAAAAAAUACCAGAAUUCAUUUCAAACUCUGAAUAAAUGUAACCUCACGCUUGCUGAUGGUUUAUGUGUUCCUGUAAAUGUAAACUGGUAGUGCAU